UGCAAAUGGCCUCAGCGGAAAUGAUGGAGUAUGAGGGUCAGGGUGGGUUUUCUUUUGAGAAUUGUAGGAGGAACAACAUGCUGUAUGCGGCUGGAGUGAAGCCUCCGAGUAGUUUGAAGACGGGGACAACGAUUGUGGGGUGUGUGUUUAAGGAUGGCGUGAUUUUGGGAGCAGAUACGAGAGCCACGGAGGGCCCUAUAGUUGCAGAGAAGAAUACCGACAAGAUACAUUAUAUUAGCAAGAGAAUUUAUUGCUGCGGAGCAGGGACAGCGGCUGAUACGAGUAACACGACUGAACUGAUUUCUUCUCAGCUUGAGCUUCAUCGCUUGGCCACCAAGAGGGCGCCGAGGGUGCGAACAGCGUUGACGAUGUUGAAGCAGAUGCUGUUUAAGUAUCAGGGUUACAUAUCGGCGGCGUUGGUGUUAGGCGGUGUGGAUUGCGAUGGGCCGUCUCUUUUUUCCGUAUAUCCACAUGGUUCGGGCGACGAGCUGCCGUUUGCAACGAUGGGUUCUGGGUCCUUAGCGGCGGUGUCGGUGUUUGAGUCCAGAUACAAGCGCGGGAUGUCGAAGGAGGAGGCUAUGAAGCUGGUGAUAGACGCGGUAUCAGCGGGAAUAUUUGAGGAUUUGGGAUCAGGGAGCAACGUGGAUUUGGUUGUCAUUGAGCCGAGCAAGACAGAAGUUUUAAGAAACUACCGGAUGCUGAAUCCAAAGAAGAUUCAGCCGAGUUUGACAAGUUACCGAUUUUCAGCGGGGACCACGCCGGUUCUCAGGUCGAAGGUUUUACCGUUGAAAAGGAUAGCGACAGUGGAAUCGGAAGUGACAGAAGAGAGGCAUGCUGCGAUGGAGGUUUCGUGAGAAGGGCGGGUGUGCGCAGAGAAGAGCUGGGACAUGUUUCAUAUAACUGUUACGUUGGUGAAUAAUAAGUUUUAAGAAAAUUUGUGUAUACGAGAAAUUUGACAGGUUGGGUUUUUUCAUUCUUCUUUGUGCGUGUGAUUUGGUCAUGUUUACGCGGGGGUGCGAUGUACAAACAAAGAAAGGAA